AUGGCGUGGCAGGGGCUGGUGCUGGCCGCUUGCCUCCUUGUGCUCCCCUCCGCCACAGCGGACUGCCUGUCCCGCUGCUCCCUGUGCUCUGCGAAGACCCAGGACGGGCUCAAGCCCAUCAACCCCCUGAUUUGCUCCCUGGAAUGCCAGGCUGCCCUGCUGCCCACUGAAGAGUGGGAGAGGUGCCAGGGCCUUCUGUCCUUCUUCACCCCCUUCUCUCUUGGGCUUAAUGGUAAGGAAGACUCAGCGAGCAAGGCAGCUUUCGAAGAGGCCUUUAGUGAGCUGGCCAAGUACGGGGGCCCGUUCCUGAAAGAGCUGGAGAAAAACAGAUUCCUUCUCAGCACCCCAGCAGAGGAGAAUGCUCGGAGCAGCAGCCUGGCAGAGAAGCUCAGGGGUCUCUCUGGUGGGUUGGAGGAGGGGUCAGAGUCAGAGCUCAUGGGGGACACCCAGCUGAAUGAUGGUGCCUUGGAAGCUGGCACACUGGAUUCUGAUGAGGAGGACCCCAAGGAACAGGUCAAACGCUAUGGGGGCUUCUUGCGCAAAUACCCCAAAAGGAGCUCAGAAGUGGCUGGGGAGGGGGAGGGGGAUGGAGAUGGGGUGGGCCAUGAGGACCUGUACAAACGCUAUGGGGGCUUCUUGCGACGCAUCCGUCCCAAGCUCAAGUGGGACAACCAGAAGCGCUACGGCGGUUUUCUCCGGCGCCAGUUCAAGGUGGUAACUCGGUCUCAGGAGGACCCCAAUGCCUACUCCAGAGAGCUUUUUGAUGCUUAAACACCUGCCCAUCAUGGAGGUGGGUCAGGAGC